UUCCCUUAAAACCAUAAUUAUCUAUAGAAUUAAUAUAGAAUUAGUGUAAGCCGACUGCGUUCUUAUAAUUUUUCUUAUUUCUUAUUAGAUUUGUUUGUAGAAGCUACGUACAGUACAGUUGGUAGCUAGAGCCUUGUAUACGUUUAGUGAAGGGUCACGGCGCUCGCCCUCGGAGUCGCAGGUGACUCAGCAGGUGGGGUGUUUGUCGGCGCGGAACGGUUUUAUACUCCUUUGCCCCAUUUUACUAACUAACAUAUCUUUGCUUUAUGAGUAAAUUCUGUUACAGUAGUAUAUACACACUUGACAAAAAUUCUCACUAAGGCAGUGCUGCCACUUCUUACAAAAUUUCAAGAAUAGUUGUUUUGAAAAAAGACUUUAAUUGAUAGUAUUCAUCGGUUCCUUGAAAAACAUAAAUUUCAAAGAGAUGGUGACAACAACUUGCCAAAGUUCUAUCUGUUUUAUUAGUAUUCAGCAGUGACCUUCAACACACGAGAACUUUAUGUUCAUUCGAUGGGAUGAUCAGUAUUCCACUGUGUUCCCGAGUGACCGAGCAACAUGCUUCCCACCCCCACCACGUGUCCGACCUAAUUGUAAUGCAUGGGACGGGCACUGAGCCGGCGCACGGGCAUUGCGGCGCCGGCCACCGCCUCGCGUCCAUCUGUUGCGCUCCGCCAUGGUCUGCGAUGACGGGCUGCAUGCAUCAUCGCCUCACCAGCAACGGAAAUCACUACGCCGCCUUGCUUCUACGCGCGGUUUCAAACCACGCCCCGCCAAUCAGUCUGGCUGGAUACGAGUCUUCGAAGGCCUCGAACCUUUCGCUGUUGAUGCACCCAGCAAACUGCUCAAGGUCUCCAUCCACAGUACAGUCGAAGACCUUAAUAAGCAGCUCGGAUUUGGAGAGGAACUGACCUUGUGGUUACAAAUUGGAGGAGAAAAGAACAGACGUUUGGAGCAGAAUGAAUACCCAUUACGAAUUCAGGAGCAGUUUUUGGCAGUGCAUGGAUGGAAGUCUGAGGAGAGGCGAUUGCGAGUCGCAGUUGAUCCCGAGCUGCGGCAUUCGUUCCGAUGGUGCGCGGGUCCGGCUGCUCGAACCGGUGGUGUUUUACGAUCAGGCACCCUUUACAUACUGAAAGGGCAUGUUUUCCCGCAAUGGAAACCACGACCUGCCCACAUCAUCGGAUCAUGUCUACAUAUUUUUGGAACUUCGCGAGAGGCAAUAGAGUUGAGCGGUGGCACAAUUGAAAUGUGCCAACCAAAAGCCCAAAGACUAGUGAUUUGCUUAAAACCACGUUGUCAAGGAAACCUGGUGCCCGGAGACGCUGGUAUGAAUCACCUAUUCCUUGGGUUCAAUACAGUUUGGGAGAGAAAUAUGUGGUUUUGCUGGUUAAACGAGGGCACCAAAAGUACACAGCCUCCCAACGUCCUCGACCUAAGCGGUGGGGGGCAAGCCUCCCUCGGCACUGCCCUAUCCCAACAUGCUACUAGUGCGUUCACCAUCAGAGUACUGCGCCUGCGCGGGAACUCCUUGCUUACCCUCCCUCCACAGUUGUGGUCCCUACAUGCGUUGACGCAUCUGGAUCUGAGCGAUAAUAGGAUUGGAGAAUUGCCAGAAGAAAUAUGCCAGUUAAGCCAACUAGAAGAACUAAAUAUCAGCGAGAACGAACUGAAAUCGCUGAACUGCGCGUUAAAACUACCGCGCUUACGGACUCUUAAUGCUGAUCACAAUUUGAUUACAAACUUCGCUGUAAAUACAUCUGACAAAAGCACGGUAAUGGGCCCAGAAGACCAAAACAAAAACGAGCACCGCGCGCCGCUCACCAGCGUGGACCUUCGCCACAAUCGACUGAAAGGAAGCAUCAUACUUGGUAACUAUGAACACUUGGUGUCUCUAGACAUAUCUCAUAACGCAGUGGAAGUUUUAGUGGUAUCGGCGCUACGCGGUCUUCGGGAAUUAUACGCUGCUCACAAUUCGCUCCAACAUCUAGCAUUUCAUGGCGCUUCACUUAAAAUACUACGUGCUCCACAUAACAAACUGGAGACACUGACUACAACGGUACCACCGAUAAAUCUUGUGGAGAUGGAUGUUUCGAACAACAAACUUACAUCACUGCCACAGUGGCUCAGUGGAUGUUCGGACCUUACAACCCUUUAUGCCAGCAAUAACCAGUUGACAUCAUUACCAGAUCAUCUGUUUUGUAGUGAACUAUCUAGUUUAAGUAAAUUAAGAUUAGCUCACAACAAAAUUGCAAGUAUCCCAUCAAUGCCAAGAUUAAGAGCACCUCUGAAAGAAUUACUACUUCAUGACAACUGCAUACAAUCCCUACCCGAGAACUUCUUUUCCGUUUGUGAUAGGCUAAGUAUAUUAAAUCUUUCUAAUAACAGAUUAAAUCGCCUACCACAUGCACGAGGCCCGUCAUCACAUUGCCUAGAACGCCUGUAUUUAACAGCCAAUUGUUUAACUGAUAAUGCAGCAGAUGUCAUCACAGCAUUCCGUGGAUUGAAAAUAUUACACAUAGCUUAUAACUGCCUGUCAAGUUUACCAGAAAGUUGCGUCAAUUUUUGGCCAGAAAUAGAAGAAUUGGUACUAUCAGGAAAUACUUUAGUUAAACUGCCUGAUAAUUUACCACAACUGAACAAGAUCAGGGUUGUACGUGCUCAUUCAAAUAAAUUAAGAUCAGUUCCAAUGUUUGCAUGUAGCGCUUCAAUAAAAAUUCUAGAUUUUGCACACAAUGAACUCGAUAGCAUAGAUUUAAGGCUUCUUGCCCCUAAACAACUGAAGUUUCUUGAUAUAUCUUGCAAUCAAAAACUACAAGUUGAUCCCUCACAAUUUACCGCGUAUAGAUGUCAAAGGCCAUUAAGUUUAGUAGAUGUAACUGGAAGAAAUUCAUUACCAUGGAAACAGAAAAGUGGCUUCCACGAAGAACUUGGCGGUUCGACUCCAUGGACCACAGGAUUUACAGAGUGUCCUAACAAAUCAUUGCAAUUAUGUUGUGCCCAAAUACGAUUACCAUCAUUUUGCAAUAAAGAAGGACUUUUUGCAAUUAUUGAUGGAGAAAAUGAUAUUGAAGUGCCAAAAAUACUACAGUCAUGUCUUCCCGGUUUAUUACUAGAAGAAAAAUCUAUUAAAGAAACCGUCAAUGAAUAUAUGAAAUACGUUGUAUUAUCGGCCCAUAGAGAAUUAAAAGAAAGGGGUCAGAAAAAUGGGGCGUGUUUGAUAAUGUGCCACUUGUCGCCAGUAACCCCAUUAGAUAAUGGAUUCGGUCAAGCUUCUAAACGAUACAAUUUAAGGCUUGCCAACGUCGGUGACACGAAAGCUGUUCUCAGUAGAAGAAAUGGACCAUUAAGCUUAGGAAUAGAAAACAAUAAGCGUUUAGGGUACUCAUCGAGAUAUCCCAAUACCAUCCCAGAUCCUGAUGUUAUACAAACAAUAAUUAAAGAAGAUGAUGAGUUUUUGAUAAUGGGCAAUGGUAAAUUUUGGAAUGCAGUUGGCAUUGAAACUGCUGUGACAGAAGUUAGAGCUGAACGCAAUCCUGUGCUUGCUGCAAAACGGUUACAAGAUUUGGCUCAAAGUUACGGAGUUGAUGAUUGCAUGUCUGUUAUAAUAAUACGAUUUGAUAUAGUACGAGGUGAUGUAGAUCUUCUCAUGAGAGAACUACGCCAGACGAUAAAUAGUCAUAAAUCUGUGUGUAGAUCUGAUUGUUGUUGCUCUCGACUUGAUGCUUGUUGCCAUUCCGCUUCCCCACCUAAACCAUGUAGUGACCGUUCAUCUCCUAGUGGCCAAAGUGACCGUCCUCCAAGUGAAACAGUAAGUCAGCAACAUUCUAUCAGCCAACAUUACGCCAGCGUACGAUCACAAGCCAAAGCCUCAGAAAGAAGAAGCUGUCGUGGAGGCGUAGCGAGAGCAAUUCGUGUACGCGUUGAAGAAGAUAAAGAAGACGAACAAAAAAUCGAUGAUAUUUCUACCUCUGAAGAACAAUUUAAAUGCUGGGAGUAUAUGCUAGAACAAAAUACACAGAUGCUAUUUGAUAAAGAAUUAGACAAUCUCUCCAAAGGGAUCAAAUCAAAUGUAAGUAGUUUACGUAAUUUUAAAGGUAUAUCAGGUAGUAGUCCACAAUUGCAUCUGUCAGGAAAAACGAACAAAGUUCCAUUUCUGUCAAAACAUUUUGGGAGUGCGCGGUCUUUUGGAACUAAUUUAAAGCCAGAGCUGCGUUUCGGCUCUGGAAGAUUACCGAACGGAGGUCCUAAUGCUGCAUAUUUUGGUUCACUUCAACGCUUAAUGCCAUACCAUUUAGAAUAUGAUUUCGCUGUAAUACAGGAAAAGUCUGCACAGUCACAAGAUUCAUUAGACCUCGAAGGCCGCAUGCAACAGUACUGGGGAGUGGCAACAACUGAACUGUAAAUUAAAUGUAAGUGUAAUAAAUUUUGUAAAUAAAACUAUAAAUAGAUUAGCGUAUGUAUUAUUUAUAAUACCAUUCAUCUGUCGACUAGAUUUUUUUGCACAAAGUAGUGGGAUCACUAUGGACUUACAGUGAACUAAAUUAUUUAUAUUUAUCACAUUAAUAAAUUCUAUAUACAAUAUUGUGAUUUUAUAAAUUAACAUGUAUUUUGACUUAUUUAAAUCAACAUAUUUUAUAACUGAAUUAAAAACAAUUUUUACGAUAAGUAGUUUUUCUAUAAUUAUACCUACACAGAGUACCUGGAAUUAUUAUAAGGCUUUAAAAUUUCAUUUGUGCUUUAAAAACCACACUUAUUUAGAUCUAGUAAAAUAUUUACAAAUUGUCAUAAGCCUAUACUUACAUUAACUUAAUAUUAAGGACUUAGACUUAUUUACAACUUGAAUAAAAUUCUACAUAUAAUCGACUUUGAAAAUUUUUUCAGUUGCUCCACAGUUAAGUAAAGUCUUCAGAAGGUAUUGAUAAUUGAUAACAGUAUUUUCCAAUUGGUCAUAAUUACUUAUUAAACGUCAGGAGUUUACUAGAUACCAUUUUCACUUUUUAUUUGGAUUGUAGUGCAGCACACAAUGUCACGCAGUGUUCAACUGGUUAAAUUACUUAAGAUUUUGUCCUAGGGUAGAGGUUAGAAUAUUUAAUACCGAUUGAA